UUGGUUAUGCGGUACAAUACAGGCACCGAGAACACGCCGAUUAAGAACUACGUAUCCCAGGAUGCCCCGUGGCCUUGUCUUCCGAUUGUUGUGAAUAUGUAUCAGAAUGUUAAUGAUUUGCUGCUGCUAAAUUUGGUCAAAGGAGUCACCUCGCCAGAGCGUGUUGUUUGAGCUGUUCGGAGCGGUGGGUUCAUGCUGCUGCUGCUAUUUCGUGUUACAUUGUUCCGUGUUGCUAUUUGCAAGAGUUUGAAAGGGGGGGGGGGGGAAGGCGAAAUAAACAAGUAAAUCAUUCAAGAUCGUGUUUUUCUUUUAAAAAGCUAUUUUCCAGGGGAGGGAGCGAGAGCCAUUGAAAGGGGAAGAAGGAAAAAAACCCACAACAAAGGUUAUUGCAUUUAAACCUUUGAAGAGGCGGAUAAGCGCUAGGGGGGAAGACGGGAGUAUCAGCGGCGUUCUUCAUCGUGGGAGUCCUAUAAAGAAAAGGAUUUCUCUUCCGCUCGUUCCGAAGGGCCGACAACUAAGAUCAAUAAAAGUUUGCAAACGGAAGAGCCGGCUGCCAGAGAGGCAUCUCUGUGGGAGAGGAUCCUAUUUGGUACGGACGGAGUUUUCCUUUCCUCUGCUCGGGAGCGGGAGGAGGGCCGGUCGCGGUGAAAGCGGAACCCCCCUCGGACCGCCGUGAACAAUAAGUCGUCGCUGGCGUCGGGACAGUCGAAGAGGAACCGGGCGAAGCCUCUGCGGAUCGUGGCCCUUCGGCUGGGCAGGGCCCUGGGCGUGGGAGCACCAGAGGAGCGGGGGAAAUUGGCGGCGGUCCCUCCCGCGGCGAUGCCCGCCGGCCAGUGACAGCCCUUGGGGAAUGUUGCAGCGGUCCCCUUUGGCCGGGGACAGAGCCGCCGCCGUCGCCGCGCGUCCUUUCUCUUGUGGGCUCGCUCGGCUCCCAGGGUGGGAGAAUUACAGGGAGAGCCGGAGACGCUCCUCGAAGCACGAGCGGCGGGCAGCCCUGUCCUCCUCUUGCUGCUCGGCGUUGCUGCCCUUAAAAUCAAUGAGCCGAGUUUUUCUUUUGACCCGAAGCGCUCACUAAAUCGGCUUGGAUGAUUCGCGAUCUGAGCAAGAUGUACCCUCAAACCAGACACCCGGCACCACAUCAGCCUGCUCAACCCUUCAAAUUCACCAUUUCUGAAUCCUGUGAUCGGAUUAAGGAGGAGUUUCAGUUUUUACAGGCUCAGUAUCACAGUUUAAAGCUGGAGUGUGAAAAACUGGCCAGUGAAAAAACAGAGAUGCAGCGGCAUUAUGUCAUGUAUUAUGAAAUGUCCUAUGGGUUGAAUAUAGAGAUGCAUAAACAGUGCUGA